AUGAUGAAGACCCCAAGACCCCUGCUCUCCACCAUCUUCUGCCAUCUGGCAGAACUCCUCAGUGUGGAGGAGCCCACCUGGGAGAUGAUCGCCAUGGUCUUCCUCGUUGAGAUGUUGGGCUGCACCAGCCUCAGUGAAGAGCUGGACCGCGCCCUGGAAAUCUUCCCCAUGUAUCUGCAGAGCCAGUGCCUGGGGAUGCCCAGCCUGGUGCUCAGGGGCCUCCUCAGGCUCAGUGAGAGGCCCGACACGGCAAGGAAAACCCUCGUCCUGCUGCCGUAUGUCAUGGAGCAGCUGCAGGGUGCUGACAGUGAUGCCAGCGCCAUCGCCCUGUCCCUGCUCAGCAACCUGCUCCGGCUGCUGGAGGGGAAGACGCUCAGCCUGACUGCCCUGGCGCUGGCUGAGAAGCUCCAGCCGCUCUUCAGCGACGAGUCGAGCACUGUGCGGGAGCUCUCCAUCCGGCUCUUCCAAAACACAAUGGGGGUUGUGGUGGAUGCCAAAAGGAAGAAGAUGAAGGAGGUGGUGUGGGGCAGCCUGCUGCCACUGCUCUUUCACCUGCACGACGAGGACAAGAAUGUGGCCAAGGCCUCCCAGGAAACCCUCAGCAGUGCUGGACAGUUCCUGAAGUGGCGGCAGCUGGCCCAGCUGGGCAAGACCGUGCAGGCAUGGAGGAUCAGCGAGUGCCUGCUGGCCAGGAACAGGAGCAGGGCCAAGGAAUACCUGCGCCAGAGCCAGUCCUACCUGCGGAGCCCGCAGGAGUCCCUGCGGCGGGAAGCUGUCAGGUUCAUCGGGCUCAUCGGACGGCAGGUGGAUGGGCACGAGGAGUUGCAGUACAUCAGAGAGGUCCUUCAAGAUGCAGGGAGAGACACGAGUCUCCUGGUCUCCUCCCUGGCGACACAGGCGCUCCUCAUCCUCAGCUUGAGGAAGGCUGAGUCGAGGUUUAACCUGCAACGGCUGAGCUUCCGGCUGCUGAGGGAGGUCACACCGGGAAACCAAGCCCUCCGCGGAGCCGUCGCCUUUGAGCAAUCUCCAAAAGGGAGACCACCCACCAGCAGUCAGCAGCCCUUCCAGGAUGCUCUGGUAACUGCCCCGGCGAGGUCGCUCCUGUGGGCGUCCUUGUCCCGUCCCGUCCCGUCCCGUCCCGUCCCGUCCCGUCCGAUUCCGUCCCUGGGGUCACCCCGGUUCGUUCCUCAGGUCCUGGGCGCCGAGAGGAGGUCGCGGGCGGCGGCCGUCCGGCCCGUCGACGAGGAGGUGUCCAGCGACUCCGAGCCGGAGAGCCCGUCGUUGGGACGGCGGCGGCGGCGGGAGGCGGCGGUAGAGGAGGAGGUGGAGGAGACGCCGCAGGAGAAGAAGCUGCGCCUGGCCAAGCUGUACCUGGAGGAGCUCCGCCGGCACGAGGAGGAGCGGGCGGCGGCAGAGGAGGAGGAGGAGGAGACGCAUCCGGCGGAUCUCAUCGGCGACCGGCUGAAGGAGGACGUGCUGGAGCAGAAGGGUCGGCUGCAGCGCCUGGUCGCCAAAGAUGUGCAGCCUCCAGAUCCAGCCAGCAUUCGAGUGCUGCGGGGGCACCAGCUGCCCGUCACCUGCCUGGUCAUCUCUCCAGAUGACAGGUUCAUCUUUUCGGCCUCCAAGGACGGCUCCCUCAUCAAAUGGGAGGUGGAGAGCGGGAAGAGGCUGUGCGCGGUGCCUGGGGGGAAGAAGGGCACCGAGGAGCGGCACAUGGGGCACGCAUCCCACGUCCUCUGCAUGGCCAUCUCAUCGGAUGGCAAGUACCUGGCUACGGGAGACAGGAACAAGCUGAUCAUGGUCUGGGACACCGCCACCUGCAAGCGCCUGCACAUCUUCACUGGGCACCGCGAUGCCGUCUCGGGCCUGUCCUUCCGGAAGGGCACGCACCAGCUGUACAGUGCCUCCCAUGACCGCUGCGUCAAGGUCUGGAACGUGGCGGAGAACGCAUACAUGGAGACCCUGUUCGGGCACCAGGAUAUCAUCACAGGGCUGGACAGCCUGAGCCGGGAGUGCUGUGUGACGGCGGGGGGACGGGACGGCACCGUGCGGCUCUGGAAGAUCCCGGAGGAGUCACAGCUCGUGUUUUAUGGGCACCAGGGCUCCAUUGAUUGUAUCCAGCUCAUCAGCGAGGAGCACGUGGUGUCGGGUGCCGAUGACGGGUCUGUAGCCCUGUGGGGGCUGGCGAAGAAGAAGCCGCUGGCGCUGGCCCGGCAGGCGCACGGCAUGCAGGACGCCCAGGGCCUGCAGCAGCCGUACUGGAUCUCAGCGGUGGCUGCCCUGCGCAACAGUGACCUCCUGGCUACAGGCUCCCACAGUGCUAGUGUGAAGCUCUGGAAGUGCAGUGAGGGAUUUCGGAAGCUGGAGCCCCUCUGGGCUAUCCCGUUGGUGGGUUUUGUCAACAGCCUCGAGUUCUCGGCAGCCGGUGACUUCCUGGUGGCCGGCCUCGGGCAGGAGCACCGGCUUGGCCGGUGGUGGAGAAUCAAAGAAGCCAAAAACAGCAUCUGCAUCAUCCCCCUGAAGCGGAGGGCUACAGCCCCCAGCUCCCAUGUCCCUGACAGCUCCUAGCCCGCUGGCCCCGGAGCCGCUGCACCUGGGUCAUGAAACCCUGGUCCCUGGUGCUGCGCCCCAUGUCCUUCGUGCAACCACCCUCCUGGGGCCGGCAGCGCCGGAGCGGGGGAUGGCGCGUGGCCCCCUGACCCUGCUGGCACCCAGAUCAUGCUGCGGCUCUGCCCUCUGUGAGGGUCUGCCCUCUUCCCUCAGCUUUGGCCAGACCUGAGCUCUGGAGGACUCUGUUUUAAAAUAAAUAAAUAAA